GCACCAGAUUAUUAAGGGCAGCAGAUCAAGUUCGAAACGACACCGUUUCAACCAAUGAAAGAAAUUUGGUAACGGAGCCUCUCUUGUCUAUCACCGAGUCACUGACCCCCCUACCCACCACUUUCCAAACCAUGGCGUCGCCGCCCUGCUCCGAAACGCCGUCGUCUCCUUCUCCUUCUUCCUCAGAAACAGACUGGGGAACUACAGUCUCAGACAAAGUCUUGUCACUCUACAACUCUCUUCCCAAGAAAGGCAAGCCUCAGGGCCGCGAAGUCACCGUCUUGGCCGCUUUCCUCGUCUCCUCCCCUUCUCAAGAACUUGAAGUCGUCGCAUUCGGAACUGGGACCAAAUGCAUCGGGCGGUCACUGAGGAGUCCCCACGGCGAUGUCGUCAAUGAUUCCCACGCCGAGAUUAUAGCUCGAAGAGCUUUACUCAGGCUCCUCUAUGCACAGAUUCAGUGUCUUGCUCAAAUGUAUAGUGAGCAAAGUGAUAACAACGGAAGCACGCAGUUUCAAAAUGGCGAUGCCAAAAACUUGAUUUUUGAAUUGGGCCCGGAUGGUGAUGGCGAAAGAAAAUACUCAAUGAAGAAGAAUUGGAAUUUGCAUUUGUACAUAUCACAACUACCAUGUGGGGUUGCUUCUCCGAGUUCACUGUUGUCUCCUCCAAAAAUUAUUGGAUCAAGAGAACGGGGUUCAUCUUUGUACGAGCUUAACACUUCCAUCGCAGAAGAGGUUCUGCCAAAGACUAAUGGUGAUGCUUCACAACUGGUUGGCUCAGUACAAAGAAAGCCUGGUCGUGGUGAUACAACAUUAUCAGUUAGUUGCUCUGACAAGAUAGCCCGCUGGAAUGUUGUUGGAGUUCAAGGUGCCCUGCUGUCAUUCUUUCUAAAACCUGUGUACCUUUCUUCCAUUACCGUUGGACAAUCCCCUAACAGCUCAGAAACCGUUCUCGUGGUUGAUUACUUGAAAAAAGCGUUGCAUGAUCGCAUCCUACCAUUAUCAAAUGAGCUGAUGAGUCCCUUUCAAGUGAAGCAGCCACUUCUAUGGGCAGCUCCAACACCACCAAAGGAGUUUCAGCAUUCUGAGACAGCUUUGACCACUUUAACAUGCGGGUAUUCGAUAUGUUGGAAUAAAUCUGGUCUGCAUGAAGUAAUUCUUGGAACCUCUGGAAGAAAGCAAGGAACCGCUGCCAAGGCACGUUAUCCAUCUACUGAGUCAUUAUUAUGCAAAAAGCGGCUUUUGGAGAUUUUCUUGUCCCUAAGACAGGAAUGCCCUACCAAAAUCCCUGUGAAUGAGAUUUCGUACCGGGAAAUCAAGGAAAGGGCGCAGGAAUACAAUUUGACCUCAAAAUUUCUAAAAACAAGACAUCCCUUUAGUAAUUGGCCAUUGAAACCACCACAUUUUGAGGCAUUCUCAGCCAUGGUACAGUAAGAUAUUGAUAGCUUCUGCACUUCACGGGCGUAAUAUAGAUGGAGUGCUUUGUGUUAACCAACAGAGGAGCGGCCAUUGCAUCACCCGUCGCUGCUUUUAAAUGACCGAUCUGCACAUCCUCGCCUCUUGAAACAUGUCGAUAGUAGGCUCGCAGUAAUGCUUAGGUUCUAUUGCUUACUACUGCCAAUUGUGUGAAUGCUUCUGCCUGCAGCUGCUGCGCAACUUUUUUCAUGAACUUUUUAUUGUGGCCCUUGAUGAGAGUUCCUCUUCUGGUUUUAAACUUUUAUUUUAUCUGUUAGAAUGACUAUUUGAACAGACGAAAAAUUAGCGGAACCUAAGAAUAUUAUGUUGAGCUUUUAAUCUGUAGUUUGUGCUGUUCUAAUUCUGUCAAUACAACACUAUCUCCUUAUAA